UUUUUGCUGUGUGUCUGACUGACGUUUGUGCUCGUCAUGCUGUCAGUCGCAUAAAAGUGUACUGUCAUUCUCGUCGGAUCAGAAAUACUACUAGCGGAGUAAACAUCUAACCUCGUAAAAUUUGUUUUAGUUGUGCCGAUAGCUCUCACCGCCACCAUGUCCAUCCUAGCAUACAACGGAGGCUGCGUAGUGGCAAUGAAAGGUAAAAAUUGUGUCGCUAUCGCCACGGAUCAUCGCUUCGGUGUGCAGGCACAGACCAUUGCCACAGAUUUCGAGAAGGUUUUCGAAAUAAACCCGCACAUGUACCUGGGACUGGUGGGUCUACAGACGGACAUUCUAACAGUUCAUCAGCGAUUGUUGUUCCGUAAGAAUCUUUACGAGGUCCGCGAAAAUCGUCAGUUGACGCCGGAACGGUUCGCCGCAAUGCUGUCAAACUUUCUGUACGAGAAGCGCUUCGGACCGUACUUCAUCGAACCGGUCAUUGCCGGAUUAGAUCCGAAAACUUUCGAACCAUUCAUUUGCAACAUGGAUCUGAUCGGAUGCCCGAACCAGCCGAACGACUUUGUUGUAGCCGGUACUUGUGCCGAGCAACUGUACGGUAUGUGUGAAACUCUGUGGAAACCGGAUCUGGAGCCGGAAAGGCUGUUCGAAGUUAUCUCUCAGGCUCUGAUAAACGCAUUUGAUCGAGACGCUAUCUCCGGUUGGGGUGCAACGGUGUACAUAGUUGAGAAGGAGAAGCUUACGGUGAAAAAGCUUAAAACCCGAAUGGAUUAAGAAACGAUUGCUAGAGCGUAUUUUGUAUUUUCAAGAUUGAAACUACUUCAAGCAAGGAUGGGGAACAUAUGUGCUGGAACGAUUUAUUUGUAUUACCGAAUCGAAAUUGUUUAAAAUAAACUGUAACUUAAGAAUA